AUGUGUGUUGUAAAACACCAGAACUCCCUUUGCCAACAACACCAAAAUGAAAACUCCUCAUAUAUUUACAACAAAACAACUCUCCAGCUUUGGCUCAGAAGAAAAAUAAAAGAAAAAGAAGAUUUUUUUCAACAUUCACCGGGAGAUGUGGAGAGUAGUAAAAACAACAACAAUAACAAGCCCCCAUAUUUACUUACAACCCUAAAAGCUCUCGUAACACUAUGA